GCGGAGGCGGGGGAAGUAACGACCGGGGGAGCGGAGGUGGGGAGCCUCAUGGUAAUAGUGCAAGGAACCAACACCCACCAACGCAGAACACCAGGUGAAGUGGGUGGUGUACUUCUUACCAUGGUGGAGUUUUGCCUGCUACGAAUUUGUAGUUGUAUAGCAGCUUGCGGAAUAAAUUCUAAAUAAAAUGCUUUUUCUUUUUAUUUGCAAACAGAAGCGAAAUUACGAGAUUUUUACAUCCUCGAGGAUCACUGUAGGCUUGACAAUGAACAGAUCACAAUAAAAAAAAAGCAAGAAAACAAGCGAGACGUUUUACAACCAACCUGCAAAACGAAAGCUCAACAAAUCGGAUUUGUAUUUACAAGUAGUUGCAGCUGCUCUUGCUGCAUAUGUAGUUUUUGUUGCCAAGGAGCAGGGACGAAGCGAUAAGCGAUGUGCAAGCGCUUUUUAUCAUCUACUGCGAUAGCACGGCUACGGUAUCGCGACUUCUGCACUAACGAAGAUUUAACUAACAGUUUUAGCUAAAUGAAAUUUUCCUGUCCGUCUCAGCUGUCAUUCGUAACAAUAUUUUUCAUCGCACUCGAAGGUGAAGAGAGGUCCAGAAUUUUCGAUGAUUUUGCUGCAUGUGCUCGGUCGCGAUCAUGUAGUAUUAGAGGACGUUGGUUAUAAUUAUGUGUGGUUUUCAGCAAGGAAGUAAGGUCACGACGACUAGAUUUUCUAAAAUGGUUUUCAAGACGGCUUUGGUGAAGUAAAAGGGACAAACAGCAGGGAAAUGGCACCAGCGAUGAAAGCAAAAGCAAUGAUGAAUGCCUUUGCCUUCGGAAAAU